AUGGUUGGUAUAGAAAAACGAAUCCGAAGACAACGUUAUACUUUCACCAAACAACAAAUACAAGGACUUGAAGCCGAGUUCACUAAAUGUCGAACUCCCAAUCACACCACAAAAGACGAAAUCGCUAAAAAAUGGAAAUUAACUCGUUCUAUUGUUUCAAACUGGUUCAAAAAUCGUAGAACCAAAGCCAAGAAGGAAGGCAGCAAAGAAAACUCGGCUCCACCACCACCGCCACCGUCAACAACACUGGGACCUGUAAUAUCGAGGGAUCAACCACAACUGCCACCAUCACCACCACUGGAAUUUAUUAAUCAAUCAUCUAUGUCUUUCCAACCACUAAUUUUAUAUCAACCUCUAAUGCCAAUUCAACCAGCAUUAAUGGAAUCUCUUAUCCCAAUAGAACUGCCAAUGUCUCCAGCAUCCUCUUCUUCCUCUUAUGCAGACUUUUCUCAUUGUCUAAGUGAAAUCCUCAAUAAUUAA